AUGUCUUCAAAUAUAGAGCUCCCACCUCAUAUAUUGGAACUCCAAAAACAAUUUUCUGUUAUCGAGGAUAUAAAUGAUCCCACCUUGAUAGAUACUAUUAUUACAUACCUGGAACAAAUUCAAGCCGAAGAUGAAAAUUUUUUUGAGACUCUUGUAGAAAAACGACAUGAAAUGAUUGUAACUUGGGAACAGCCAUGGUAUCAACAAUCUAACCGCAUAAGUAGACCAUUAAAAGAACCAGACAAUGAUGAUUUAGAAAAAUUUAGAACUGAUACAAUAUGUUUAGAAGAAAGUAACAAAAUUCAUAAAAACUGGAAGAAAUUUCGCAAGAUUUUUGGUAUACCAAACAAACCAGAAUGUUUAGCAAGAUGGAGAAAUAAGGAUAAAAGUAAAAAUCCUAAUGCACCAGAAGAAUUUGUCAGGAGAUUUGUAAUUGCAUUUUUAGCACGAGGCCUAGAAAGGACUCUUCAUCAGGUCUAUAAACAUGUCAUUGUUCGAUAUGGUAGUCCAGUUAAAGGAGCUUACUUAGAAUAUGAAGAUAAUAUAAUGAACAUAUGCCUUCGUUAUUAUAGAAAAAAUACAGUUCCAGAUUUAUCUGCUAUACUUGGUCGUGAACCAAGAGGGCUUUAUAAAAAGUUUCUACAGAAAAUGAAUGGAACACGAGAAAGAAAAAAACUUAGAUGGACUUUACCAUUGGCUACAAAAUUUCUAAAUUUACUAAUGAAAUAUUCUAAUGAAACCCUAGAUAAUUUGAUAAACAAGAGAUUUGAAAAAUCAAUAUGGCUGAAACUAGAAGAGGAUUUUGAUCAAAAUUAUAUCUGCUUGCAAUUGUUUUGGUAUAGAUACCUACAUGUCCAGCUGUUUGUUAAAUAUGAUGUAACAAUAAGGAAACUUCGAAAAAUUACAUUAAAAAAAUUAAGACAUCGUCCUUAUAAAGUAUGGGGAGACAUAAGGUGGAAAGAAAUCCUGAAGGAAUUUCCUGAAGGCUUUACUCAUCUAUUUUUAUAUAGAAUAUGUGGAAAAGUUUUUAAUAAAUAUCCUGGCUAUCGAAAAGAUCCUAUACAGGAUGUGAUUGAAUAUGGGCUAAGGAAAACAAAAUCAAUUCGCAAUAAACGAUUAAAAACAUUAGUACUAAAUAAAGAUAAAGAAUUAGAAGUUAUCAAAUAUGAAGACAAAUUAUGUAUU